AAAUGUCCCAUCAAUAUAAGCUUUUGGCCAUCCUGCUGUUGCUUGGCAACAGGAUAACAGCACAUCCAAUAGAAGUGAAGCCCGCCGUGGCUACUGAGUUCAUUAUACUCCACAACAAUGACAUGCACGCCAGGUUCGAGCAGACGAAUGUCAACAGCGAAAGUUGUCCGCCGGAGGACGUUAAAAGGGACAAAUGUUUUGGCGGCUUCGCACGUGUGGCCAAUGUAGUUCGAAAAUAUCGGGCAGAAGCUAAAAAUGGAGGAACCCCCGUGUUUUAUUUGAAUGCCGGAGAUACGUAUACGGGCACCGCGUGGUUUACGGUCUUCAAAAAUAAAAUCGCCAGCGAUUUUCUCAACAGGCUGCAACCGGAUGCCAUCUCUCUAGGAAAUCACGAGUUCGAUGAGAAAGUGGAAGGACUCGUGCCAUUCCUGAAUGACGUCAACUUCCCGGUAUUGGCCUGUAACCUGGAUCUCACAAAGGAGCCUGCAAUGGCUGCCUCCAAGCAUCUAGGCAAUUCGACAAUACUGGAGGCAAAUGGUACGAAAAUUGCCGUGAUUGGAUACGUUACACCAGACACAAAAUUGCUGUCCUUAAGAAAUAACGUGGAAUUCAAUGAAGAAAUCUCCUCAAUCAACAAAGAGGCGGCCAAACUAAAGGCGCAAGGCUUUAAAAUAAUCAUUGCCCUGGGACACUCCGGUUAUAUAAAAGACCAAGAAAUAGCCAAAAAUUGCCCCGAAGUUGACCUUGUUAUUGGCGGACAUACGAACACAUUUCUGUUUAACGGAGAGAAGCCAAGUGUCGAAAGUAUAGACGGUCCAUAUCCCACUGUAAUUAGACAGAAGAGUGGUAAAAAAGUGCCCGUGGUACAGGCCUACGCCUACACGAAGUACUUGGGUAAAUUGCACGUGAAGUUCGAUAAAGAAGGAAAUUUAAUCGAAUUCGAUGGUUUGCCCAUCCUAUUGGAUUCUGGAGUCGCGCAAGACAAGGAAUUGCUUAACCUGUUGGAAGUUUACCGUGAGAAUGUUACGGCCCUAGAGAAGUCCAUUGUGGGUCAUAGCAAGGUGUACCUUGAGGGACGUAAGACCGUUUGUCGUUUGGUCGAGUGUAAUAUGGGAAAUCUGAUUACCGACGCGAUGAUAUUCAGCAGAGUCAUGGAGGAUCAGGGCGGCGAUUACUGGACAGAUGCGUCCAUUGCCAUUCAUCAGGGUGGCGGCAUUCGCAGCUCAAUCGAACGGAAAUCUGAUGGCAUUAUCACUCAGAGCGACGUGCUGGCGGUCCUUCCCUUUGAAAAUGAUCUUUACAUCACAAGAAUCAGUGGGAAGACCUUAAGGAAUGCUCUGGAACAUGCGGCCGCGGUUAGAUAUAAGGAUUCCGACGGAGCAUUUCUACAGGUAUCCGGCUUGCAUGUGGUCUACAAUCCGGAUAUGCCAGAAGGUCAUCGGGUUACCUCUGUGGAAGUGCGUUGCGCCAGUUGCACGGUGCCAACCUACAGCAGUCUGAACGAUGCCUCCUACUACAAUGUGAUUGUGCCGCAAUUCUUAUUCGAUGGAGGAGAUGGCCACAUAAUGAUUGACCAAACGAAUCCUGUGUCGAUACGGAUGCAAAAAACGAUUGUUGAAGCCGUUCAGCAGUACCUUCAGCAGCGGGAAUAUGUCUAUCCGGAGGUGGAGGGCCGCAUUCUGUUCAGAGGAGUAGGGGGAAAAAAAUCAACUGGAUCCACGAUAAGCAUUAUGAGCUCCCUAGCAUUGAUGCUAUUUUCAUUUGUAGUCAAUCGUACCUUUUAACUGAUCUUAAUGUGAAUAUUCAUCUAAUGAUAAUUACAA